UAUCCUGUUCUUUGUUUUCUAAACUGUUUAUUCUUUCUCUUCUUUGAGGCUGGCCUCUUCUUUGUCAAGUGGAUAAUAUUAUUUGUUUCAGUCUUUUGAGUACUUACAGCCAAGCUUUACUUUUUGUUUUUUUGUCAAGGAUAAUCAUCAUGGCUGGUUCCAUUUCUUUACGGGCUCUUCUCUUGAGUGCUUUUGCCUCAAAGGCGAUUGCGAGUUGUGCUUAUGGUACACUGUUGCAGCCGCGAGCUGAGGGCGGCAAGGUUGAGGUUAACACUUUCGGUUACACUGGCAAGAUUGGCCCUACCAACUGGGUCGCUCUCGACCCCCAGGCCAACGCUCUCUGUUCUACCGGCGUGAACCAAUCUCCCAUCGACAUGGUCGCAGGCGCCAACGCCAUGGUCCCCGCCAGCCAGCUGAACCUUGAGAUUCCCGAUAUGCUCGAAGGCGCCGAAUUCGAGAACCUCGGUACAACCGUCGAGGUCGUCGCUGGAAAGGGCACCAUGUCUUUCCAAAACAACAGCUUUACUCUCCAGCAGUUCCAUUUCCACUUGCCAAGCGAACAUCUGGAUGCUGGAAAGAGUAUGGCUAUGGAGAUGCACAUGGUCUGGGAGAGCGCCGAUGCCAAGAUUGCUGUCGUUGGCGUCUUUAUCGAUGUUGAGGAUGGCGCUGGUGGAAGCCCUGCUGCUAACGCUACUGCUCCUGCUCCUCCUGCUGCUACCCCUGCUGCUCGUAAGCGCGAUGGUUUUACCAAGGUCGUUCGCAAGAGUGAGACCGAGGGCAAGGAUAAGCGACAACUUCCUGGUGUUGGCGGUUCUUUCUUCCAUGUCAACGCGCCCACUACCGCUGCUACUACUGCCUCGAACCUUCUCGAAACCGUUUUCGGUUCGGUUGGUGAGAUCUCUGAGCCUGGAACUCUUACCAAGACCAAGGGUCUUAGCAUGGCUGAGUUGGUCAGCACUCUUGCUGCAGGAUCUUUUCAAACAUACGAGGGAUCUCUCACAACUCCCCCCUGCAGCGAGGGUGUCCGAUGGCUCGUUUCCGACCAGAAGCUCUCCAUCAAGACAUCCACCUUCCACAGCGUUCAGUCUGUCAUUGGCUUCAACUCUCGAUUUCCUCAGGGCGCUCUUGGCGAGCCCAACGCCCUUGCAGGAGUGGCUGCUUAGAUCUAGCAAUGAUGAUAAGAGGAAGAAACUUGGUUGUGUAAUAAUAUUGUCCUAGUAUACGAGUCUGAGUCGCGCAGGUAUACUGGCAGGUUCACAGUUAGAAACAAAGAAUAGAAUCGGUGAUCAUAA